AUGGGGGAAAUAACUCUUUACUACUCCCCGGGAGCCUGUUCCUUAGCGCCUCACAUCCUACUCCAGGAAAGCGGGCUUGAAUUCUCCAUCCACAAGGAGAAAACUGGCCAAUUCACACCAGCAUUGUACGCUUUGAACCCGAAAGGAAAGAUUCCUGUCCUUGCCCUCGACAACAAUACCAUAAUCACGGAAAACCCAGCCAUCAUGAACGCGAUCUCAAAUCUAGUGCCCGAGAAAGGCUUUUUCGGAAAGACGCCUUUUGAAACCGUCCGUGUCUAUGAAUGGUUGACUUGGCUAUCCGGUACACUACACGGCCAGGGCUUUGGAUUACUGUUUCGAUUCCGCCGGUACACUGAUGAUGAGACACAGUUUGAGGGACUUAAGAAGAGGGGCAUGGCAAUCGUGACGGAUUCUUUUCAGAUCAUUGAGCGGAGGCUGGGUGAUGAGGGUGAUGCGAAUUUUGCUGUCGGUGGCGUAUUUACGGCUGUUGAUGCUUACUUAUUUGUGUUUCAUCGAUGGGCAUUGGGAUGUGAAAUUGAUAUGCCUGGUUUGUAUCCGAGAUAUACGGCGUUGUAUGAAGCAGUUGGUGGGAUGGAAUCGACUAAAAAGGCUUUUGCUUCCGAGGGGCUUUGA